GCCUGGGGCAGGGGCUGGUGUCGGAGCCCUGUGCCCGGCAGCGGGAGGGGGUCGAGUUUGCUACUUCGGGCUCUAAUUCCGGAAAGGCGCCCGUUGGGCCCCGUGUCCUGGGUGCUGUCCCUUCCCACAGGCUCAGGUUGAUGUCAAAGUCUCCUGUCUGCGUGGUAGGUCUGGCGUAUUCUCGCGGGCCACGGUGAGCAUCUGUAGACCAGAGGCUUGAGAAAAAGGAGGAGCAGGAAAUGGCCUGGAUUUCUGGAGGCCUGCUCUAAAGCUGGUCAGUUCUGCAAGAAAGGAAAGGAGGAGGAGACUGGCUCAAACUUCUGGAGUCUGGUGAGAAAGGGGGCAAUGCAGGGGAUAGCUACAGAGAGAGAGCAUGGUGGGUGGCUUUGAUCCAAGUGGGUGCAAGACUGCUUCUGCUCUCUGCUAGAUUUGCACACUGCCACUGCAUCCCUUGUCGAUUUCUUGCAGGAAAUAUCAGGAAUAUUGAGACAGGUGUAGGUUGCGCUGUGACUGGGAGAAGAAGACCUGCAGGACCCCCUGCUGUUGGUUGUGGGGCUUGAUACCACUUGAACAAGAGAAGGAGGGAGAAAUUGCACCACGUCAGUGAAGAUCCACCUCCAGUGGCAGCUCUGGUGGUGGUGGAGUUGCUGCUGACCGCCACCUUCAACAAGUCUCAACCCACCCAAGAACCGGCAAUCUUCCUCAGCUUGUUUGUGCCUCUUCUGCACUUUGUCCGUCUUAUUGACUGAGUCUGCGUGGGAAGGAGACUGACUGCUGGACUGGCAAUUGACUGUAACUCUUGUUUCCAACCUCAUAUCCUAAAUUACUGAAAAAACAGAGUGUGAAGAAACAAACCUGUAACAGAUCUGUGGUCAAGGUUGAGGUUGAGGGAGGGCUGUAUAACUGCGUUUUGUCUGUAACUUGUACCAUGACUGGUGCCGAGAUUGAGCCUAGUGCCCAGGCCAAGCCUGAAAAGAAGGCUGGGGAAGAGGCUGUGGCUGGGGCUGAGAGAGAGAAUGAAGUCCCUCUCGUUGUCAGGCCCAAGGUUAGGACCCAGACCCAGGUAUCUUCUGGGACAAGGUCCAAAACUGAGACCAAGCCUGUGUCUGGGGCAAGGCCUAAAAUUGAGGCCCAGGCAAUGGCUGGGGCAAGACCCAAAACUGAGGCCCAGGCAAUGGCUGGAGCCAGACCUAAAACUGAGGCCCAGGCAAUGUCUGGGGCAAGGCCUAAAACUGAUGCCAGGGCAGUAGGUGGAGCACGUCCUAAGACUGAGGCCAAGGUAAUUCCUGGGGCAAGGCUCAAGGAUGAAGCCCCGGCAUGGGCCCAGACUGAGUUUGCAGCUGAGGCAAUGUCACAGGCCGAGGGAGUGUCCCAGAGUAAUGCCGUUGCCUGGCCACUGGUCAGUACUGAGUUGGGGUCAGUUACUAAAUCUAAGGGCCUGUCUAUGGACAGAGAACUAGUGAAUAUGGAUGCUGAAACCUUUCCUGGCUCCCAGGGUCAGAAAGGAAUCCAACCCUGGUUUGGACCAGGGGAUGAACCUAACAUGGGAUCUUGGUGCUAUCCCAGGCCCAGGGCCAGAGAGGAUGCCUCUAAUGAGUCUGGAUUUUGGUCAGCAGAUGAGACCUCUACGGUGUCUUCUUUCUGGACUGGAGAAGAGACCAGUAUCAGGUCAUGGCCCAGGGAAGAAGCCAGUACCAGGUCCAGGCACAAGGCUAAGCAUCAGACUAACCCCAGGUCCAGGCCCAGAUCCAAGCAAGAACCCUAUAUUGAUUCCUGGUCUGGAUCUGAGGAUGAGGCUGGCAACCCAUUCUGCCUCUGGCCUGGGGAAAAUACCAAUAACUUGUUCAGGCCCAGAGUCAGGGAAGAGGCAAAUGUCAGGUCCAAACUCAGGACAAAGAGAGAGGACUGUUUUGAAUCUGAGUCUGAAGAUGAGUUCUAUAAGGAGUCCUGGUUUUUGCAUGGAGAAGAGGCCAAUAGUAGAUUCAGGCGCAGAGACAAGGAAGAGCCUAAUACCAUCCUGAAAUCCAGGGCCCAGAAGGAUGUUCAUAACGGUGAUAGGGUCAAACAAGAGUCUAGGUUUGAGGAGGAGGUCAUUAUUGGAUCCUGGUUCUGGGCAGAAAAAGAGGCCAAUUUGGAAGCAGGGGCUACAGCAAUCUGUGAAUCUGAGCCAGGGGCUGAGGAGGGGGCCAUUGGUGGAUCCUUGUUCUGGGCUGAGGAAAAGUCCAGUUUGGGGGCUGUGGCCAGAGAAGAGGCCAGGCCAGAGUCUGAAGAAGAGGCCAUAUUUGGUUCCUGGUUCUGGGACAGAGAUGAGGCCUGCUUUGAUCUAAAUCCUAGUCCUGUGUACAGGGCCAGUAACAGGUUCAGAGAUUCAGCUGAGGAGGAGCUUAAUGUAUCCUCCAGGCCAAAAUCCUGGGAAGAGGUCAGUGUUGAAUUCAAACCUGCUCCUUGUCCUGGGAUUGGCUUCCCUUCCACCAGACCCUUCAGAAUUCCUGAAGAGGCAUAUAAACUGUUUGAGACAAAGCCCAAGGACACAGAACUUAGCCCAGAAGGGGAAGAGCAGGAAUCUUCACCUCAAACUGAUCAGCCUGACCCUGAGUUCCCAUUUCAGUACGAACCUUCCUACAGGUCAGUCCGGGAAAUUCGAGAGCAUCUUAGGGCCAAGGCGAGUGCAGAGCCAGAGAAUUGGUCCUGCAGCUGCAUACAAUGUGAGCUUAAAAUUGGUUCUGAAGAGUUCGAAGAACUCCUUUUAUUAAUGGAGAAAGUUCGGGAUCCUUUUGUUCAUGAAAUAUCUAAAAUUGCAAUGGGUAUGAGAAGUGCUUCUCAAUUUACCCGAGAUUUCAUUCGUGAUUCGGGUGUUGUCUCACUUAUUGAAACCUUGCUCAAUUAUCCGUCCUCCCGAGUUAGGACAACUUUUCUGGAAAAUAUGAUUCACAUGGCUCCACCUUAUCCAAAUCUAAACAUGAUUGAGACAUUCAUAUGUCAGGUGUGUGAGGAAACCCUUGCUCAUGGUGUGAAUUCCCUUGAGCAGCUGACUGGAAUAAGGAUGCUUAGACACCUUACUAUGACUACUGACUAUCAUGUAUUGAUUGCCAAUUAUAUGUCUGGGUUUCUCUCCUUGUUAACCACAGCCAAUGCAAGAACAAAAUUUCAUGUUCUGAAAAUGCUACUGAAUUUGUCUGACAAUCCUGCUGUGGCAAAAAAACUAUUCAGUGCCAAAGCUCUUUCAAUAUUUGUGGGUCUCUUUAACAUAGAAGAGACAAAUGAUAAUAUCCAAAUUGUUAUUAAGAUGUUUCAGAAUAUCAGUAACAUUAUAAAAAGUGGAAGGAUGUCCUUAAUUGAUGAUGAUUUCAAUCUUGAGCCGCUUAUUUCCGCAUUUCGUGAAUUUGAGGAGUUAGCUAAGCAACUACAAGCCCAAAUAGACAAUCAAAAUGAUCCUGAGGCGGGACAACAAAGCUAAUAUGAUUACACACUUGCCGCUGAUCAGCCUUAUGAUCCCAAAGAGACCUGAGUAGUGCUUUGGUGUUCACAGUCUGGUUUUAUGUUGUAACUUAUAUUUUUAAUGCUGAUGUUAAAUUUGUCAAACUCUUGUUCUGCGCUGGAUCAUUUUGUGGAUGCCAAAUGAAUAUUAGAACUGUAAACACAGUUGUUGAUAUUUGUCUUGUCCAGAUUGCGAUAUUUUUCAGUAUUAAGCUUCCAAUGAGCCGAGUCACCUGAGUAAGCUGCCCUGCUAUUCGUUGUUUAAAUAUAUGGUUCUCUAUUCGAGUCUGUGUUUUCAAUAAAGUUCUAUGUUAAAAUUGGCA